GCGGCCUGGAAGGGGCCACUUCACACCUCGGGCUCGGGAUAAAGCGGUCGCUGGCCGCCGGCCCCAAGAAGCGCCGCCGCUGUCAUGGCCCAGUUCCUGUGUCCGCCGCUCACUGAGUCCUGGAUCCUCUCUGCGAGCUGGGGCCCAGCUCGGCCGCCGCCGACCUCCGACAGGGACUUCGGCUGCUCCCCCGCCUCGUCCCCGGACUCCUGGGACAGCGCCCCGGCCGGCAGUCCCGUGCCUAGCCCCGGGCGGCCAGUGGCCCGCGCAGCCCUCCGCGCCCCCACCGCGGGGAGGCGCGGCGCGCGCAGCAGCCGCCUGGGCAGCGGGCAGCGGCAGAGCGCCAGCGAGCGCGAGAAGCUGCGCAUGCGCACGCUCGCCCGCGCCCUGCACGAGCUGCGCCGCUUUCUGCCGCCGUCCGUGGCACCCGCCGGCCAGAGCCUGACCAAGAUCGAGACCCUGCGCCUGGCCAUCCGCUACAUCGGCCACCUGUCGGCCGUGCUGGGCCUCAGCGAGGAGAGCCUGCAGCGCCGGCGCCGGCGACGCAACGACUCUGCGCUCCCUCGGGGCUGCCCGCUGUGCCCCGACGGCGGCCCCGCGCAGACGCAGACGUGCGGCCCCGGCCUGGGCUCAGCCGCCAGCGCCGCUGCGUGCUGGGGGUCCCCGCCCGCCUGCCCAGCACCCCUAGAGGCGCCCAAGCCGCGCGACCCGCCUGUGCUCUACCACGAGGCGGCGUGCCCCGAAGGGCAGGCGUUGGAGCCAGACCACGCAUCUCCGCUCUUUCCCGGCGACGGGGACGUGCUGGCACUACUGGAGACCUGGAUGCCCCUGGAGUGGCCACCGGCCUGAACAGUUGGAGUGACGACGGACAACUGGCGCCCUGUUCUGUGAGCACCGACGUCUUUUUGGCCGCCGCGCCUUCGAAGCGGUCCCUCUCCAGGCUCCCUUUCCUGGAAGAGGGCACCGGGGAUACUGGCAUGGGCAUUUUUGAACGUGAGAGUCUGUCCCCAUCCAGGAUGGCUCUCUCCAAUCCCUCCCGCGAUGGAGAGACCCAUAGGGUAGACACUUUGAGGCAGGCAGGAGGCUCUGCCUAGUAUGUAUUUAUUUAUUUGUGAAUAAACUAUGUUCUGGUGUCA